AUGGCAGAGCAGGCACAAAACCCUAUGAAGGAGCUCCGUAUCUCCAAGUUGGUGCUCAACAUUUCCUUGGGCGAAUCUGGUGAUCGUCUCACCCGUGCCGCAAAGGUUUUGGAGCAACUUUCUGGUCAAACUCCUGUUUUCUCCAAGGCCCGUUACACUAUUCGUCGUUUCGGUAUCCGCCGUAACGAAAAGAUUUCCUGCCAUGUCACUGUCCGUGGCCCCAAGGCUGAGGAAAUUUUGGAGCGUGGUCUCAAGGUCAAGGAGUACGAGUUGAAGCGUCGCAACUUUUCUGCCACUGGUAACUUCGGCUUCGGUAUCCAAGAGCACAUUGACUUGGGUAUCAAGUACGAUCCUUCCAUUGGUAUUUAUGGUAUGGAUUUCUACGUCGUUAUGGACCGUCCCGGUAUGCGUGUCACUCGCCGUAAGGCUCAACGCAGCCGUAUUGGUUUCCCUCACAAGAUCACUCCUGAGGAUACCGUCAACUGGUUCAAGCAAAAGUAUGAUGCUCUUGUUACGGGGAAGUAA